CAAGCUAUUUUUCUCUCAUUUGGAUACGGCAAAUAUGGAUCAAACAUACUUCCACCAAAAACAUGUAAUUAUUGUAAUGCACUCAAAAAAAAAGUUCAUCGAGGGUUUAUAAACAUGGUUAAAAUUGCACUCCUAAACAAAGGGGGUAAGGCUCUCCCCUUCUUAUAAUUCUCCGAGGAGCUAUAGCCUUAAAAGUUAAAAAUGGCUCCAUCGAAGAAGAAAAGCAAAGCCAAAGGUAACCCAGCCACCGAGUCAGCUCAGUCCAUACCGUCUUCGGCAUCCACAUGCUCAUCCACGCCAAGCCUGGCCUGCAUCAGCGUCGUACCGCCGUCCUCCGUCGCGAUAACCAUCCACGCCAAGCCCGGCUCCAAAAUCGCCACCAUCACAGAUUUGAGCAACGAAGCAGUUGGAAUCCAAAUUGAUGCCCCUGCAAAAGAUGGUGAAGCAAAUGCUGCCCUUAUAGACUACAUAAGCUCAGUUCUUGGCGUGAAGCGAAGGCAAGUUUCCAUACGUUCGGGCUCCAAGUGUAGGGAUAAGGUAGUGAUUGUGGAAGAAGUAAAUGUACAGACUGUGUUCGAUGCACUGGACAAUGUUUUGAAGAGCCACUGAACCAACAAAUUUUCUAGACAUGCCGGGGAAGGUAUGGUCACUCUCGCCUGCGCGUAUAUCAUGGCCACAUUCCUGUUUCCAAGUAUGUAUUGUACAAUAUUUAUUUUGAUAGGAGUGAUAAUUUGUCCUCAAUUUCUCCCCGUACAUACGAGGAAAAAAACUAGUACUCCUUUACAAGCUUCGGAAGUACAUUUGCACGCCAAUUAAGAAAGUUGGUUUUUUGAU